CGGGCCCUUUCCACUCUUAGCAUCAUGAGAGUCACCAGGUCCGGACGCCUCCAUCUUGCUGCAGUGUCUUUACACAGUCCUGAGCCGCGGGGAUCUCUGGGAAUAGUAGUCCUUGGGCGCCGCAGGGGCCUCUGGGACUUGUAGUCUGCGUUUCCUUUCUCUGCCUUAGCCAUAAGGGGAGGGGCAGUGAGAAGUGGCUUUGUGAUUGGCCGAGCGGUCCGCGGCCGUUGGGGCGGGAAAAGUCUGUGGAGGGCUCGAGGCUGUGGUGGGAAGUUGGGUUUUCCUCAGACUUGAGGCGAGGACGAGCACACUGGAAGCGGACGAGAAAUCCAGGGUGUGGCAGAAGACUCUGGAGAGAAGCUAAGGGGACCAACUUAUGGAUCCGGUGAACGGUUCAGGAGCCCAAAAAGGCACUUGAAAAUGGAUGGAUCCGUGAGGCGAAGCCUGGUUUCUCUCAGCGACUUUCACUUUGGAGCUGUUGCCACAGAGACCAUCGAAGACGCUCUGCUCCACUUGGCCCAGCAGAAUGAGCAAGCAGUGCAGGCGGCUGUGGGCCGGAGGGGCAGCUUCAGGGAGACCCGGAUCGUGGAGUUUGUUUUUCUCCUGUCUGAACAAUGGUGUCUGGAGAAAUCUGUCAGCUACCAGGCUGUAGAAAUCCUAGAAAGGUUUAUGGUCAAGCAGGCAGAGAACAUCUGCAGACAAGCCACACUCCAGCUGAGAGAUGAGAAGACAGAGCCUCAGAACUGGAGGGCUCUGAAAGAGCAGCUUUUCAACAAGUUUAUCCUGCGCCUUGUGUCAUGCGUUCAGCUGGCCAGCAAACUUUCCUUCCACUACAAAAUAAUCAGCAAUGUUACAGUCCUGAAUUUCCUCCAGGCUCUAGGGUACCAACACACAAAAGAAGAACUCCUGGAGUCAGAGCUUGAUGUCUUGAAGUCCCUGAACUUCCAAGUCAAUCUACCCACUCCGCUGGCAUAUGUGGAGAUGCUCCUAGAGGUUUUAGGAUACAAUGGCUGUUUGGUCCCAGCCACACAGCUGCAUGCAACUUGCCUGACAUUGCUUGACCUGGUCUAUCUUCUGCAUGAACCCAUAUAUGAGAGUCUGUUGAGGGCUUCAAUUGAGAACUCCACACCCAGUCAGCUACAAGGGGAAAAGUUCAUGUCAGUGAAGGAAGACUUCAUGCUUUUGGCAGUAGGAAUCAUUGCAGCAAGUGCUUUCAUCCAAAACCACGAGUGCUGGAGCCAGGUUGUAGGGCAUCUGCAAAGCAUCACUGGCAUUGCCUUGGAGAGCAUUGCUGAGUUCUCUUAUGCAAUCCUGACUCACAGCGUGGGAGCCAACACUCCAGGGCGACAGCAGCCUGUUCCUCCCCACCUGGCGGCCAGGGCUCUGAGGGCUGCUGCUUCCUCCAACACAUGAGGCAGGCUGAAUCCGCCAAAUAUAAACAACCUUCCAUCACUGCAGCCAUCCCUCCCCUUGUUGACUUUCAUUACUCAGGGUGCAAAAGCUCCAAGUAUCUUUUGAACUGUAUUUUGUGUUCUAUGUUCAGGCUUAUUUUUC